AUGGGGAGCGGCGCUGAAUCCAUCCGAAAUCCCAAUCUUGGCAGCAAAUUCUCAGGCCCCGAAAGAAACGAGUGCAGAAAAGAAAACCGCUGCCUCAAGAACAGAGAAGAAGGUCCCAAACCUUUGGCGAGCGGAAAACCAAGAAACGACAGGCUCCCACUCUCCCUUCUCGCGUCUUCCGCCUCAAGAUCCAAGCUCUGGCCGGAACCAUGCGAGGAAGACGCCGAUUCGAGAACAGCGACGGCGACUCAGGCCGAUCUGCCCCCGGGGAAGGCCAGCAUUGCGCCGAGGCGCCGCGUAGAGCCUCGGAGGGAGCCCGCGCCAGCCGCCACUCUCGCCUCCGGCUCUUUCGCUGGAGACCCGGGAGCUCGCCGCGACUGA